CUUCUUCUCAAUUACCUCUCCAUCAACUUCAACCUCUACCUCGAUCGGUUCCAAAGCUGAUCCCCUUUUUCUUUAUCAUCGAAACCUUGAUCUCAAUUUGAGCUCACUACUGCGCCAAAUCCUUCAGGGCGCGCUGUAAUGCGGCUGCGUUGACUGAUUACCCUUUUUCAGUCUCUGUGGCCCUGUCACCAAAACCUGUUAUCCUCCUCGUCGUCCAUCACAGACAACAAACAACAGAUAUAACCGUUAGGCGGAGCAAAUCGACUUUCUUGCUUCUCUCAUCCCACCGCAUCCUCCCUCUUUCUUCUCCCUUCGCUCUCUCACCUGGGUUUUCUUUGCCUUUUGUCCUCGUGUUUCUCCCCGAAAAUCGAUCUGUCGGGGUCGUUUCUCUGGCUUCUUCACGCGACAGCACUCAAACAUAACUGUGCGCUAUGUAUAACACUCAUCGCGGGAUGGUUCCCGCUCCCAACUCUCGCCUGACAGAGUUGUUGGACCAGCUCCGUCAGGAAUUUGAGAACCAAUCCAGAAGCACUGGCGAGUUUGAACACCAAUUAACCGGACAGCUGCAGGAAAUGGAAAUGAUCCGGCAAAAAAUCUUUCAGCUGGAGCAGACUCAAGUGAAGAUGAAGAACGACUACGAAGCGGAAAUUCGAGUGCUGCGACACGAGCUUGAGUCUCGCGGUGUCCAACCCGUCUCAUCGCAUAUCACCGGCCCUGCCCAGCACGCUGGUCCUUCCCAGGCGCCGCCGCCUGCCUUGGGUCAUGGUCCGAGCAACUUGUUCGGCGGUAUCAUGACCAAUCAAGGAGGUAGUGGCCCCGGUCUUGCCCCUCCCCCUCCCCAGGAUCAGCAGCCUCCCCAGCAUACUCUUCAACAACCUGCUGCCGCGGCUCAGCAAGGAGCGCCGCAACCACCGCAGAGCUCGUUCGGAGGAUAUCAACCUGGUGCUGCUGUGAACGGCUAUGGGCCCCCUCCUCCACCUGCUGCCUCCCCAGGUCCUGGUAAGCGGCCUCGCGCCCCUCCUGGCCCGGCUACCCCCCAGCAGACCCAUCAGCUCGCUUAUCCCGACCCACGCGUCUCCCCGCAACUGGCUCGGCCGACCCCUCCUACUCAGUCAUUGGUCCGCGAUCGCCCCGGGAACAUGCUCGCCAACUGGAACCCCGACGAGCUACCGGCUUCACAGAAGCGGGAGGGCGCUGAUUGGUAUGCUGUGUUCAACCCGGAAGUGCAGCGCGUACUAGAUGUCGAACUUGUCCACCAUCUCGUCCACGACAGCGUCGUCUGCUGUGUCAGGUUUAGCCGAGAUGGCAAAUACCUUGCCACUGGCUGUAACCGUCAGGCACAGAUUUACGAUGUUACUAGCGGUCAGGUUGUCGCCACUCUGCAAGACGAAACAGUCGAUAAGAACGGCGAUUUGUACAUUCGUAGCGUUUGCUUCAGUCCGGAUGGCAAGUAUCUUGCUACGGGUGCGGAAGACAAACAGAUUCGGGUUUGGGACAUCAGUUCUCGGACUAUCAAGCACGUUUUCAGUGGCCACGAGCAGGACAUCUACUCUCUGGACUUUGCGGGCAAUGGCCGCUAUAUUGCUUCCGGCAGUGGAGAUAAGACUGUCCGUCUUUGGGACAUUCUCGACGGCAAGUUAGUUUACACUCUGAGCAUUGAAGAUGGUGUGACCACUGUGGCCAUGUCACCUGAUGGUCAUUACGUCGCUGCGGGUUCCCUCGACAAGAGCGUUCGGGUCUGGGAUACGACCACCGGCUACCUUGUGGAGCGCCUGGAAAACCCUGAUGGCCACAAGGAUAGUGUCUACUCGGUCGCAUUUGCACCCAACGGUAGAGACCUCGUUAGUGGCAGUCUCGAUAAAACCAUCAAGCUCUGGGAGCUCAAUGUUCCCCGUGGCGCGUACCCUGGGAGUGGAGUCAAAGGCGGAAAAUGUGUCCGUACCUUUGAGGGUCACAAGGAUUUUGUGCUCAGUGUCUGCUUGACCCCUGAUGGCCACUGGGUUAUGAGUGGCUCCAAGGAUAGAGGCGUCCAAUUUUGGGAUCCAAUCACUGGCAACGCACAGAUGAUGCUUCAAGGUCAUAAAAACUCAGUCAUUUCUGUGGCUCCUAGUCCCACCAACAAUCUAUUCGCUACAGGCAGCGGUGAUAUGCGGGCAAGAAUCUGGAGAUACUCUACGUACACCGGACGGUAAUUGGGCUGAACAUGGGAAAGCCUUGGCGCAAAUAUGAAAUGUCUUCUGUCUUCGUAACUGCUGUUCUUGCCUUAAUUUUGCAACUUGCUGCUCCUCGCUUCGUUCUGCUUCAGGGUGUUUGCGUUGCCGAAGGAUGAUCGCGUCCUUCCCCAACUCCCGCGCGCGGUUGGGUAAGUGGCCAUCCUACAGGGCUGGGCUUUGGCCUUCAAAAGCGCAGCUCAACAACCAAAAGCGAAAUCAGUCAAUCGGGCUGUGUUGGUAGUAAUCACCCGCUGAAUUUCCGGUAAUGAAUUUGUCUACAAAAGAGGCUAAUUGCCUUAAUGAAAGCACUGUGAAUCGUG